AUGAAUAAUAUAUACCCAUCAAAGGAAUAGGAUAACUAAAAUAAAAAAAGUAGAUAAUUUUGAAAAGUUAGGUCUGUUUGAAGAUCCCCAAGUUGAUUGGGGAGACAGUGAAGUUGAAUUUGAAGAAGAUCUGGAAUUUCAUUUCGAUUUAAUUCCAAUCAGAUGCGAAUGA